GUCACCUCUUUUUUUUUAACAAUUUUAAAACUGGAAUGACGGUUCAAUGUACCGUAGAUGUCAGCUUUCAAAAAACAUCGAUACAUGACUAUUUAUACAUCGAGUGGAAAAUUUUCGAUGCAUCGAAGCAAAACAUCGAUAUUUUCGAUGCAUCGAUGAUUUUCCGAUUGUUCCUUCUGUGAACUUUUUCCUGCGUGUACAAAUUGUAUGGAAUUUUUGCAAAUUUUCAUAUAAAUUUUAUGUAGCGCAAACUAUUAGUUAUCAACGGUAGUUAGAAGAUACUUAAGUUGAAAAAAAAACAGUGCCCAAAUAGUAACAGCAGUAGUGCAACUGUGUGGCAAUUUAUCGUGUUGUGCAUUGAAGGCUGGCUACUGCCUUGCAGUGGGGAAAGUAUACCACGUUCCAGGAAUUUAAGAACUGCACGGAGGGAUAAAAAUGGGCAAAUUUACGCAUAUUUUACAGCGUGAGUUUCCAGCCAUUGACAAUGAGCUAAAGGAUUAUGUGGAGGGUGUACUAUGUGGUAGUUUGGAAGACUUUGAGUCAUGCGAUGAUAUAUAUGAGGCCGUGGGUGAUAUACUGCAAAGCAUUGAUAUGGAAAAGACAGAGGAUGAUAUAAGAGAACUCUGCGAUCAAUUUUAUAAUAUCAUCAAAAAAAAUACUAAAAAUGAGACACGUAAAGUAUUAAAUGCACCCGUCAAUAUCGCCGAAAUGGCAAAAGAGAUGGAAAAUGUUGAUAAAAAUAUGCAAAGCAUAUGGCUUAAUUCAAAGGACGGUGGAUCGAAGGUAAAUAGUAAGAAACUAGAGAAGGCCGAAGCAAAGCUACAGCAAAAGCAAGAAAAACGGUCUGACGUGGGAAAAUCAGCCGUAGCCGCGCCCGUCAAGCUGCAAACUGCAACAGCUUCACAAGUAAUGAGCAAGAAAAAUACUAAAAUGGAACAAAAGGGUACCAAUCGUUCGAUGGACAUUAAAAUCGAGAACUUCGAUUUGGCUUUUGGUGACAAGGUUCUGUUGCAAAAUGCAAACUUGUUGUUAUCGUGCGGCCGGCGCUAUGGUCUAGUCGGCCGUAAUGGUUUGGGUAAAACCACCCUGCUUCGCAUGAUAUCUGAUCGUCAAUUGGCCAUUCCCUCACACAUUAGCGUGCUUCAUGUCGAACAGGAAGUAGUAGGCAAUGAUACUAAAGCCGUUGAUAGUGUUUUGGAAUGUGAUUUAGAGCGUAAUCGCCUAUUGACACGCGAAAAAGAAAUACUUGCCACACUAAAUAGCGGUGUACAGGAUACGAAAUUAAGUUCCGAAUUGAAUGAAGUGUACGCACAAUUGCAAAAUAUUGAAGCUGACAAAGCGGUGGCACGUGCUUCUGUUAUAUUACGUGGUUUGGGUUUUGACGCCGAUAUGCAGCAAAGACCAACUAGAUCUUUCUCUGGCGGCUGGCGUAUGCGUUUGGCUUUAGCACGUGCGCUCUUCUCCAAACCCGAUUUACUAUUGCUCGAUGAACCGACAAACAUGUUGGAUAUUAAGGCUAUUAUUUGGCUGGAAAAUUACCUUCAGACUUGGCCGACAACGCUUUUAGUUGUUUCUCACGAUCGUAACUUUUUGGAAACUGUACCAACGGAUAUCAUACAUCUACAUUCCCAGGCACUGGAAGCUUACAAAGGUAAUUAUGAGCAGUUUGAAAAGACUAAAAACGAAAAGAUGAAGUCCCAGCGGCGCGAAUAUGAGGCACAAAUGGCACAUCGUGCGCACGUCCAAGAAUUCAUCGACCGCUUUCGUUACAACGCUAACCGCGCUUCAUCCGUGCAGUCAAAAAUUAAAAUGUUGGAAAAACUCCCCGAAUUGAAACCUGUUGAGAAAGAAAUCGAAGUUAAACUGAAAUUCCCUGAUGUUGAACCUUUAAAUCCACCGGUAUUAGCUUUAUCCGAAAUCGAAUUUAGAUAUAAAGACACAGAUCCAUUGCCCGUUUUUAAAAAUGUGAAUUUAUCAGCUACCUCCGAUUCUAGAAUUUGUAUAGUAGGUGAAAACGGUGCUGGUAAAACAACAUUGCUCAAAAUCAUUGUUGGUCAAUUGACCACCAUACAUGGCAACAUCAUUUCGCAUCGGGGUCUUCGUAUUGGUUACUUUGCGCAACAUCACGUCGAUCAUUUGAAUAUGAAUACCACCUGUGUGGGCGUUUUGGCCGAACUCUUCCAAGGACGGCCGGAUGAAGAAUACCGACGACAAUUGGGCAGUUUUGGCAUAUCAGGGCAGUUGGCUUUGCAGAGCAUUGCCAGUUUAUCGGGAGGACAGAAAUCGCGUGUAGCUCUUGCGAAAAUGUGCAUGGCCGAUCCUAACUUUUUGGUGCUUGAUGAACCUACAAAUCACUUGGAUAUUGAGACCAUUGAUGCCUUAGGAAGAGCGAUUAAUGCAUUUAAGGGUGGCGUCAUUUUAGUAUCUCACGACGAACGUCUUAUCAAGGUCGUUUGCAAGGAGCUUUGGGUUUGCGGCAAUCGUACUGUACGCGCUAUGGAAGGUGGUUUGGAUGAAUACAAACGUGAAGUUUACAAAGAAAUUGAAGCGGCGAAUAGUUAAAUUGAAUUUUAGUGUAAAAUUGUAUUUUGUAUUCAUUUCAUUAUACUUGUAAUUUAUGCUCGUGCACUGGCGAAGUAAAUACAUACAUUGAUAUUUUACAACUGCUUAUAAAUUAUUAAAAUGCAUCUAUAUGAAAAAAUAAAAUAAAAAGCAGUAGUCGCUUUAAAUUAUCUCUUUUGUUUUUAUUACUUUUGUAUGUUUGAUCUUUCGUGGUGUGCUGAAGUGAUUGUCAUUGUCUGUUUCCCCUGCUCGUUUUGGCAACGUAUUACCGGUCAUCGGAAAGUCGUUGGUUUUUGUUGAAAAAUAUUAUGUAAAGUUGCUGAAGUGACGCUCCUAGGUCAGAUAGAAAUCUGAGCCGUCUGUCGUUGGAACAUUUGAUUUAUUGACGUCAAUUUAUAAGGUGACUUCUUGAAUCCUCGCGCUGAUAUUUUUGCUGCCGUCUUGCAGCUAUGUGAGCGAUCGAAUCUAUGUAGCCUUAAAUAAAAAUUUUCUGAUUGCUUACAUGCUAAAAUGAUUAAUUCAUUCAUUACAAUGUUAUCCUUUCCACCGUUUUAUUUAUAUUACCCCACCUAAUAAGCGGUAACUUUGAGGUACCUUACACUAUUUUUAAUCAGUUAAAUCAGCUGCUGAAAUGCUAAGUGCAGUAUCAUAUUAUAUAUAUAUUCAUAUAAUAAUUGAAAAUU